AUGACUAUGAGGGGGAUAAAACAAGAGCAAAUUGCAAAUGAGAAUGAGCAAAACUCUGUCAUUUUUAAACAAAAGGAAGAUCUUGUUGAGGAGGCUGAGCAACUGCGGAAUCUGUAUGGCGUUGACAUCGCCAUCAUCGGCCACCAACAGGGCGGGGAAAGCAAUGUCAUUCUUUGGCCAUCACCAGACGAAGUGGCGGAGCAGGUGACAAAAUUUACGGAGUUACCGGAACUCGAAAAAAAUAAGAAUAUGGUGACUCACGAGAGUUAUCUGGAAGAAAUUAUAAAAAAUGAAAAGGAGAACGUUAAUAAGCUUAUGAAGGCGAUUGCAGUGAAGGAGGGCAAUCAACUUCUUGCCAAAAAGCCAUUGGAUGACAUGCACUUUACCGAGCUAAAGAUAGUAAAUGAGAUGGUAAAUGACAUGAUUAAGAAGCUGAAGAAAAGGGCUGAAGAACUCAACCAGGAGGGCCAUCAAGUUCUUGCAAACGGUAGUUCUUCAACGGUUGGAGGGUUUUCUAGUGCCACUGCCGGUGGCGGCUCUUCUGAUUUUGAAGGAUUUUCAAGUGGCGUUGCUACCGGUGGGGCCAUCUCCAAUGACGCUGGUUUUGAAGGGUUUUUUGGUGGCACCACCACUUGUGCUAGUUCUUCUACUGAUUUGGGGGAAGUCUCCCCUACAAACACUGAUGCCUUUUGA